CUAAGGCAUAGUCGUCCGCCUCCUGCCGCUGGCGAGCCGUGAGGGGUGCUUGUUGUUGGCCACUCGGAGGGACAGCAGGUGGUGCCGCGUGUGCCGUGUUGGUUGGUGCAGGUGCUGCCGCAGUGGCCGUCCGCACCUGCUGCGGAUGUCGCGGAGGUCGUAAAUGGUGCGCACAUCAGCCUCUGCAGUCUCGCGCCUGAUUGACAGCCCAAAAAAUACACACAUGAGAGGAGAGAGCCAAGGGUGGCUUGCCUGCACAAUCCACAGACAGCUGCGCGGCGGUCAUGAGGAUGGUUGCGAAUGAGCUCCCGAACACACUGUACGCAGCAACCACACGACAUGAGACACUUGCUCACAAAGGAGAAAAGCAGUCUGUGCGUACCUCCCUGCAGCCCGAGUGACCUGGUAGACACAGACAGACAGAUUGGUGACACCCAUCCUCCCACCCAGCCCCCACUAACCGCAUUCGAGCGAUUGAGGAUCCCCGUUGGUACCCACAGAGCGCAAACACACAAAACACGGGGGAAAGUGCAACCUCACGCGAGAUCUGCAGCAACGGAUACGGGAGUCAAGGAUCCACCUAUAUAUGAGUGUCACCCCGUGGAAGCCUCCUCCCCUGAUCGGGCAUUUCUUAAAACGUCCCAAAUGUGCCGAAAAAUAUUUAGAAAUCGGCAAGUAGGCGAAAAAUAUUUAAAACAAAUGAGGAGAAAUUCUAAGAACUUUAGGCGAUGACCGGGGGAGGGGGGGGCGGAAAUGUUAUUUAGAGGCUUGUUUUAGGUAUUUCGAGGCUUGUUUCAGCCAUUGAAAACACGUUUAAACCCUCUUCACUUCACCACCUCCAAACCAGCCAUCUCCAUUUUAAAACGACCCAAACCCCGCAAAAAAUCGAAGGAGUAAUUUUAAACAAUUGCAAAUAAAAACAAAAAAGGGGAGUAAUUUUAAAAAAUUUCAAAUACAAGGGAGGAGGCUUCCACGGGGUGAUGAGUGUCUGUCGCUCACCCCACUGCCAGUGACACUAUCGACAUCAGAAAUGACCGGAAAGAGGAGAAUUCGAAGGAAGGAAUAAGGGUACGCUAUUCCUGCUGGAAGUUUCGCCUUUCUAAGCUUGCAAAGUUGGACGCUGCUAACGUCAGGAAAGGCCUCAGACAGCCGACACUGACUCAGAUCCCAGCGAAAACUCAUUCGGGCAGGGAGGCAAGCUGGUAGAAACAAGCAUCGUUCGCGCACAAGCGCCUGAAGGGAGAUUACGGUUGGUUCAUUGCAGCCGAUCGACAGAACUAUACAUAUGCAUGUGAGAGAAACGAAGACACACGACAACAACCCCCUCAUAGACAGACAGACGCUCACUUAAUGGCCUCCUUCCCCUCCCACCAUACAGACCACACACCAUCAACAAUCCCUUACAGCACACCGACACCAUGAGUGGCCAAUCACACAGACAGCACAUUUCCUCCUUCCCUCAAAACCAAAGCGCACAGUCAGCCAGGCAAUGAGUGAAGAGCCCCCGGCCACACACAUCAAUGUGUGACACACACAGCCGCCCCCACUCAUUUGUGUGUGUGUGCACUCUCUCCUACUCUAUGCUGAUCAAACGCAGCUGAACGUAGGGGGGAUCAUACAAGUCGGGCACUUUGAUCUGCC